AUUAUUUUCAAUUUUCGUCGUGUGAAAUAACCAAAAAAAAUGUCCUGCUUGUGUUUGGGUCCAAAACGUGCUGGAAAAACACAUCUACUUAAGGCUUUACAAGAUUUCAAAAAUGUCGAUUUUACAACUUAUUCAAUGCCAACCGUUGGCACAAGUAUUUAUACAAUCAAUUUUCCAAAAAAACCACCUCCUGAUAUACCUCCUACAGCUGUCAUUCCAAAAAAGAAAAAAGACCUAAAAACUUGUAUUGAUAUAAUCGAAGUUGGUGGAUCGAUGGCACCGAUGUGGAAUAGAUUUUUCAAAAAUGUUGCAAAAAUAAUUUAUGUUGUUGAUACAUCGAAUUUGUGUCAGAUUUCGGCAGCAAGUGUUCUAUUGUAUUCUAUCCUGGCUAAUCCUCAAUUGCAGAAAACUAAAUUUCUCUUGGUUCUUACGAAAAUGGAUUAUGCUUAUCGUCAAAUGCGUAAUGAAGCUUUGCUAAUAAUGCAAAUGUCAAAACUGCAAAAGGAAAUCAAACAAAGUAUAACUAUUGUCGAAGUGAGUUCUAUUUCAAAAGAAGGAUUUGAUCAAGUCUAUGAAUGGUUGGAAAAAAGCUAAGCUAAGGAUUUUUUGAUUUUCCCAAGAAAAUGUUUACGAGUAUUUUGGAUUGUUAAUUAUAUAUUCACAAAGGCUUCACUUUAAUACACAAAGCUAUCAUGACAUUUAA